AUGCAUUCCAACUAUUACGCAAAGCUGCGACAGCAGGAGUUGGAGCGAGAGCGCGAGCUAGCAGAGAAGUACCGAGAUCGAGCAAGAGAGAGACGAGAUGGUGUGAACAAAGAUUACGAAGAAACAGAGCUCAUCAGCACAACAGCAAACUAUAGAGCAGUUGGACCAACUGCAGAGGCGGAUAAGUCCGCUGCAGAGAAGCGGCGCCAACUGAUUCAGGAAUCCAAGUUCUUGGGUGGUGACAUGGAGCACACUCACUUGGUGAAAGGGUUGGACUUUGCCCUACUGCAAAAGGUCCGUGCUGAAAUCACCAGCAAAGAGAGGGAGGAAGAAGAUAUGAUUGAGAAAGUGCAGAAGGAAGUGAAAAAAGAUGAAGAUCCAGAAAACAAAAUUGAAUUUAAGACUCGAUUAGGGCGUAAUGCAUACCGUAUCCUGUUUAAAAUGAAGCCCCAAGAGCGAAAUGAGCUGUUUUUGCCAGGGCGCAUGGCGUAUGUUGUGGAUCUGGAUGAUGAAUAUGCAGACACAGAUGUACCUACAACAUUAAUUAGGAGCAAAGCUGACUGUCCCACAAUGGAGGCACAGACAACCUUGACCACAAAUGACAUUGUGAUCAAUAAGCUGACUCAGAUUCUGUCGUACUUGCGUCAGGGAACUCGGAACAAGAAGCUAAAGAAGAAAGAUAAAGGUAAAUUAGGAGGCGAUGAAAAGAGACCACCUGAAGCUGAUAUAAGCAUCUUCGAUGACAUUGGUGACUAUGUGCCAACAACUGCGAAGGUUGUUCGAGAAAAGGAGCGUGAGAAGUAUCGUGAGAAGGAGAGAGAACGAGAGCGAGAGCGGGAGAGGGAGAGGGAAAGAGAAAGGGAGAGAGAACGGGAGCGUGAAAGAGAAAGAGAAAGGGACGAGGAGAAAAAGUCCAGACAUAACUACUUCGAGAAGCCAAGAGUGGACGAUGAGCCAGCAGAUACGGAGACCGGCCCUGGGUCAGCAAAGGAUCUGAUUAAGUCAAUCAAUGAGAAGUUUGCAGGAGCUGGAGGAUGGCAGGGGGCAGAAUCGGCAAAGAGACAAGAUGAGAAGAAGCGCCUUGGAGAUUUCUUUGGAACGUCAGACAGCUAUGCAGAGUGUUACCCAGCCACUCUGGAUGAUAUGGCUGUUGACAGUGAUGAAGAGGUCGAUUACAGUAAAAUGGAUCAGGGCAAUAAGAAAGGGCCACUUGGGCGCUGGGAUUUCGACACACAGGAGGAGUACAGUGAAUACAUGAACAACAAAGAAGCAUUACCCAAAGCUGCCUUCCAGUAUGGUAUCAAGAUGUCUGAGGGACGCAAAACCCGACGCUUCAAAGAAACAAAUGAGAAAGCAGAACUGGACCGACAGUGGAAAAAGAUCAGUGCGAUCAUUGAAAAGAGGAAGAAGUUGGAGGCGGAUGGCGUUGAGGUGAAGAGACCGAAAUACUGAGGCUGGAGUGGUGUUGCUGUUCCUACAUUCCAUGAUUUUGGUCGCUCAUUGACAACAAUUUUUAAGAGACUGUGGAAAGGUUUUUUUAAUGCCUUCUCCAUCUAAAUAAGAGAAAAAUCAGCAGAUGAAGUUAUCCCAAUUUGAAACGAUUAAAAAGCCCAAUCAUCUCAUCCCUAUUAAAUCUGCAGCGGUGGUGAUCUGCAAUGAUUUUCAUUUUGAAACAUUUUGACGCUUGAGAGAAGCCUUUUCGGGAGGGGAGAUGUUUAAAGAAGCUUGUAACAGCAAUCUAUGUGUACUUUCUGUGUAGAGUUUGACCUCUUUACAUUUCAUCUGUCCUUUAUGCAUAGAAAAGCUUAACAGAUUAAAUCUCUGUUUAAUUAUCGA